AUGUCACAGCCGAGCAAACGAGGUGGACGUGGUGGGGCAGCCGGCGGAGUGGGUCGCAAAACGCCCUCAUCCGUUGCGGCCGUUGCCGGCAAUACCCCCGACGAUGCGACCAGUGAACGCAAUACCCCGGCCAGCAAAGCUGACUCGGAUCCCAAGGAUGAUAGUUCGAUUAAUGGCGAUCGCAAGGAUAUCGAUGCGGCGCCCAAGCCCCCCAGUGCUGGCGCAUCCAUACGGGAGACCGCCAACAAAGUGCUGGCGUUGGCUAUGAAAGCCGAAUGGACACCCAUCGAGCAGGAGUUGAAAAAGCUGGAGAAGUAUGUGGCUAAUCAGGGCGAAGAUGGCAACACCAUUCCCCUGGCGGGAGUAUUCGAUCUGAAUACCGGCAUGACACCCCUUAUGUAUGCCACUAAGGACAAUAAAACCUCAAUCAUGGAUCGAAUGAUUGAGUUGGGUGCCGAUGUGGGAGCGAGGAAUAAUGACAAUUACAAUGUGUUGCACAUUGCAGCGAUGUAUUCACGUGAGGAUGUCGUGAAACUUUUGCUGACAAAGCGUGGAGUCGAUCCCUUUUCUACGGGUGGGUCCCGCUCCCAAACUGCUGUCCACUUGGUGUCCAGUCGUCAAACAGGUACAGCAACAAAUAUACUAAGAGCUUUAUUAGCGGCCGCCGGAAAGGACAUACGCCUGAAAGCAGACGGGAGAGGCAAAGUGCCGCUGCUUCUUUCUGUGGAAGCUGGUAAUCAGUCUAUGGUAAGAGAGUUACUCUCAGCACAAACGGCGGAACAACUAAAGGCAACUGCUGCUAAUGGAGACACGGCCUUGCAUUUGGCCGCCAGACGGCGGGACGUCGAUAUGGUCCGCAUAUUGGUGGACUAUGGCACCAAUGUAGAUACUCAAAAUGGAGAAGGACAAACCCCGUUGCAUAUAGCAGCUGGCGAGGGUGAUGAGGCGUUGCUUAAAUACUUCUAUGGUGUGAGGGCUUCAGCCUCAAUAGCCGAUAAUCAAGAUCGAACACCCAUGCAUUUGGCUGCUGAAAAUGGACAUGCCCAUGUCAUUGAGAUAUUGGCGGACAAAUUCAAGGCCAGCAUUUUCGAACGCACGAAGGAUGGUAGUACGCUCAUGCAUAUCGCAUCGUUGAACGGCCAUGCCGAGUGCGCAACGAUGCUGUUCAAGAAGGGCGUCUAUCUGCACAUGCCAAACAAAGAUGGGGCGCGUAGUAUCCACACCGCUGCAGCCUACGGUCAUACGGGCAUCAUAAAUACGCUGCUGCAGAAGGGCGAGAAGGUCGAUGUGACAACCAAUGACAACUACACAGCUCUGCACAUAGCAGUGGAGGCAGCCAAACCGGCCGUGGUGGAGACUCUGCUGGGUUAUGGGGCAGAUGUUCAUGUGCGUGGCGGUAAAAUGCACGAGACGCCCUUGCACAUAGCCGCUAGAGUUAAGGAUGGAGAUCGUUGCGCUUUGAUGCUCCUUAAGUCCGGUGCUAGUCCCAAUUUAACUACCGAUGAUGGCCUGACGCCGGUGCAUGUCGCCGCCCGUCAUGGCAAUCUGGCCACGCUGAUGCAACUCCUCGAAGACGACGGCGAUCCUCUGUACAAAUCCAAUACCGGUGAGACACCACUUCAUAUGGCCUGCCGUUCAUGUCAUCCGGAGAUUGUCCGACAUCUGAUAGAGAUGUGCAAGGAGAAGCAUGGACCCGACAAAGCCACCAACUAUAUAAAUUCCGUGAACGAUGAUGGAGCCACGGCUCUACAUUACACUUGCCAAAUUACCAAGGAGGAGGUGAAAAUCCCCGAGUCCGAUAAGGAAAUCGUGAGUUUGCUGUUGGAGAAUGGGGCAGAUGUGACACUGCAGACGAAGAACGCUUUGGAGACGGCAUUCCACUACUGUGCCAUGGCAGGCAACAAUGAUGUGCUGAUGGAAAUGAUAGCACACAUGAACCCCACUGACAUUCAGAAGGCGAUGAACCGUCAAUCUUCGGUGGGCUGGACCCCACUGCUGAUAGCCUGUCAUCGGGGGCACAUGGAGCUGGUCAACAACCUUUUAGCGAAUCAUGCCAGAGUUGAUGUGUUCGACAUCGAAGGUCGAUCGGCACUGCAUUUGGCUGCGGAAAGGGGCUAUCUGCAUGUCUGCGACGCCCUGUUAACCAAUAAGGCCUUCAUCAACUCGAAGUCACGCGUUGGUCGUACGGCGUUGCAUCUGGCCGCGAUGAACGGCUUCACACAUCUGGUGAAGUUCCUCAUUAAGGACCACAAUGCCGUCAUCGAUAUUUUGACUUUGCGCAAACAGACGCCGCUUCAUCUCGCUGCGGCCAGCGGCCAGAUGGAGGUAUGUCAGCUUCUACUAGAACUGGGGGCUAACAUAGAUGCGACUGACGAUCUGGGACAAAAACCCAUCCACGUCGCUGCACAGAACAACUACUCAGAAGUGGCCAAAUUAUUCCUGCAGCAGCAUCCGUCACUGGUGAAUGCCACCAGCAAGGAUGGCAACACAUGCGCGCACAUAGCAGCCAUGCAGGGUUCGGUGAAAGUGAUCGAGGAACUCAUGAAGUUCGAUCGGUCUGGCGUGAUAUCUGCUAGAAAUAAAUUGACUGACGCCACGCCGCUUCAAUUGGCUGCCGAGGGAGGUCAUGCCGAUGUCGUCAAGGCGUUAGUGAGGGCAGGUGCAUCCUGCACGGAAGAGAACAAGGCCGGUUUCACCGCCGUACAUCUCGCCGCCCAGAAUGGCCAUGGUCAGGUAUUGGAUGUUUUAAAGAGUACAAAUUCUUUGAGGAUCACCAGCAAGAAAUUGGGACUGACACCGUUGCAUGUGGCAGCCUAUUAUGGCCAAGCGGACACAGUGCGUGAACUGCUGACAAGUGUGCCGGCCACAGUGAAAUCGGAAACACCCACAGGGCAAAGUUUGUUCGGCGAAUUGGGAACGGAGUCCGGCAUGACGCCUUUGCAUUUGGCUGCUUUCUCAGGCAAUGAAAAUGUAGUUCGUCUGUUGCUUAACUCGGCAGGCGUACAGGUGGAUGCAGCUUCAACGGAAAAUGGCUACAAUCCGCUUCAUUUGGCUUGCUUCGGUGGUCACAUGUCAGUGGUUGGUUUGCUGCUGAGUCGGUCCGCUGAACUCCUCCAAUCGACCGAUCGUCAUGGACGCACUGGCCUGCACAUCGCUUCCAUGUACGGUCACUUUCAAAUGGUGGAGAUUCUGUUAGGGCAAGGCGCAGAAAUAAAUGCAACCGACAAGAACGGUUGGACGCCACUGCAUUGUGCUGCCAAAGCCGGUCACUUAGAAGUGGUUAAACUCUUGUGUGAGGCUGGAGCAUCGCCCAAAUCGGAGACAAACUAUGGUUGUGCCCCCAUUUGGUUUGCAGCAUCGGAGGGACACAAUGAAGUAUUGCGGUAUCUUUUGAACAAGGAGCACGACACCUACGGUCUAAUGGAGGACAAGAGAUUUGUUUACAAUCUCAUGGUGGUGUCUAAAAACCACAACAACAAACCCAUUCAGGAAUUUGUCUUGGUUGCACCUGCACCGGUGGAUACGGCAGCAAAGCUGUCCAAUAUUUACAUCAAUUUAUCGACCAAGGAAAAAGAGCGUGCUAAGGAUCUUGUUGCGGCCGGAAAGCAGUGCGAGACAAUGGCAACUGAACUGCUAGCCUUGGCUGCCGGAUCAGAUUCGGCGGGGAAGAUUUUGCAAGCCACGGACAAAAGAAAUGUGGAAUUUCUCGACGUCUUAAUUGAAAAUGAACAAAAGGAGGUUAUCGCACAUACGGUGGUGCAGCGAUAUCUGCAGGAACUAUGGCGAGGCUCACUGACUUGGGCGUCUUGGAAGAUUUUAUUACUUUUGGUUGCCUUUAUUGUAUGUCCGCCUGUGUGGAUUGGCUUCACGUUUCCUAUGGGACACAAAUUCAACAAAGUGCCGAUUAUCAAAUUCAUGUCAUAUCUUACCUCACACAUCUUCCUAAUGAUACAUCUCAGUAUUGUGGGCAUCACGCCCAUAUAUCCGGUGUUGCGUCUCAGUUUGGUCCCCUACUGGUACGAAAUAGGUUUGCUCAUUUGGUUGAGUGGCUUACUUUUGUUCGAGUUGACAAAUCCGUCGGAUAAAUCUGGAUUGGGAUCAAUUAAGCUGCUUGUGCUGCUGCUGGGAAUGGCUGGAGUGGGCGUGCAUGUGGCCGCCCUCUGUUUCGUACGCCAGGAGUAUUGGCCCACCCUCAUCUACUGCCGCAAUCAGUGUUUUGCAUUGGCCUUUCUGUGCGCCUGUGUACAAAUUUUGGACUUUCUUUCGUUCCAUCACCUCUUUGGUCCAUGGGCCAUUAUUAUUGGUGAUCUAUUAAAGGAUUUGGCCAGAUUUCUGGCCGUCUUGGCAAUUUUCGUAUUCGGCUUUUCCAUGCAUAUCGUGGCUCUCAACCAGUCAUUUGCCAAUUUCACGCCCGAAGAGUUGCGUGGUUUCGAAAAGAAAAACCGCAAUCGUGGUUACUUCAGCGAUGAUGAUAUGCCAACUCCGCGGCCGCCACCACCGGAAAAUUACAUUGACUCAAGUCGUAGUAUGCUAAGCGAAUUUCGACGCAAGCAUAAAGAUGAUCUGCGCAUGCAUCCGAUUCAUUCUUUUGAGUUAUUAUUCUUUGCCGUGUUUGGUCAAACGACGACCGAACAGACACAAGUUGACAAAAUCAAUAGUGCAAACCCGCCCUCUCAACCCUACUGGGUGGAGUAUCUGUUCAAAAUAGUGUUCGGUGUCUAUAUGUUGGUGUCGGUGGUGGUGCUUAUCAAUCUCCUUAUUGCUAUGAUGUCCGAUACAUACCAACGGAUACAGGCCCAAUCGGAUAUUGAAUGGAAAUUCGGUUUGUCAAAGCUUAUACGCAACAUGCAUCGCACUACAACAGCGCCAUCGCCGCUUAAUUUAGUUACCACCUGGUUUAUAUGGAUCGUUGAGAAGGUCAAGGCUCGCAUGAAGAAAAAGAAGCGUCCAAGUCUGGUACAGAUGAUGGGAAUACGCCAGGCUAGUCCACGCACUAAAGCCGGUGCCAAAUGGCUUUCGAAAAUCAAGAAAGAUUCCACGGCAUUGUCGGUGGUACAUUUGUCUCCGCUGGGAUCUCAAACUAGUUUUUCGGCAGCCAAUCAAAAUCGUAUCGAGAACGUCGCCGACUGGGAAGCUAUUGCCAAAAAGUAUCGUGCAUUGGUUGGCGAUGAGGAUGCAGGUUCCCUCAAGGAUUCCGAUGCUGAAAGUGGUUCCGUCGAAGGCGGUAGUGGCGGCGGUGCGGGCUCAUCGCAACCUCCCGCUCAGGUGGGCAAUAAUGUUUCACAACCACAGCCAAAUGUCUAAUUAAGACAGACAGUAGUCCUAAUCAUUCGCUUACUAUUUGAUCGUGUCUUUCUUUAUCCAAAAUCGAAACAAAAAAUCCCUUUUUCUAAAAGUUAA